UUGAAUCUUCGGAGUGGUGAAUCAACAGAACUGCCCCCCGUUUCCCCCCUUCUCUGCAACCACCACCCAACCGACAUCCUCCUGUCGUCGUCGUUCAUCACAACACAACACAAAUCAACUUCAACGCCGAUAAUCGCAUCUUUCAAUGGCUCGCACCAAGCAAACCGCCCGUAAGACUACCGGAGGCAAAGCCCCCCGCAAGCAACUUGCCACCAAGGCUGCUAGGAAGACCGCAACAACGGCUCCUACUGGUGGUGUGAAGAAACCUCACCGCUUCCGCCCCGGAACGGUGGCCCUUCGUGAAAUCAGAAGGUACCAAAAGUCUACCGAGCUUCUGAUCAGGAAGCUCCCCUUCCAACGCCUCGUCCGCGAGAUUGCACAGGACUUCAAGACCGACUUGCGCUUCCAGUCCUCCGCUGUCAUGGCACUGCAGGAAGCCGCUGAGGCUUACCUUGUCUCACUCUUCGAAGACACCAAUUUGGCGGCCAUCCAUGCCAAGCGUGUUACCAUUCAACCCAAGGACCUUGCGUUGGCUCGCCGUCUCAGAGGCGAGAGGUCUUAAAGGGCUUUCCCCCUGAAGAACAUCCGAAAUCGACUACAUUUCACCAAGGUCUCCCCAGUUGUGUCUGUGCCACUCUCCUAUUGUAUUACGAUAAAGUUUCCACAUUUCUAGUAUGUAUGAGUGGGAUGGUGUGAAGUGUGGGUUCGUCCGCUUUUGUUCUUUUUCUCCCCUUUUGCGUAGCCAUUCCAUCGACCUGUUGAUGGGGCUUUUGUUUUUGUCGCUCUGGGAGCCUAUGACUGGACACGAGUGCGGAAUGUAGAGGCAAACGCUUGUAUUAGCUGUGUAUUUACGGUACAUGUAGGCUAAUGCAGACAACCAACUCGUUCGCCGCUACCAUUUGGGCGAUGCAGCUGAUCGGUGGUGAAACAGUUCCAAGGUACGUGAUGGAAGUUGCUGAUUUAAGGUGGCGAC